CUGCCAAUUUGCAUACCUGUACCACAAUGGGGAAAGAGUCAUCCACCGGAGAGUUGAGACGUUGCAAAGAGUAAAGACUAAUCUUCUUCCGCAGUUGCUAUCUCUAUCUUCUUGCUAGGAGAGCCAGCUCCUCGAUCCGGAUCCUUUCUUCAGUGGCAGGCAGAGAGCGGAGCAGAGCUCGCCCCUGCUCCAAGAUUUAGGGAUUGCGGUCCGCGGCGAUGUGGGAACUAAUCCUGGUGCGUUCUUCUUCUCCAAUGUCGUCCAAAAUCUUGCUGGGGCUCUUGAUCCUCUUUUUGGUGGAAGAAAGAUCGGCGAUUGAGGCCCUUCCUCGGUACGAAGAUUGCGCGCCGCGGACAUGCGGGAAACACUUGGUCCAGUACCCUUUCUCCCUCACUGAGCAAAACCACUCCUUCUGCGGCCCUCCUCCCUUUGCCCUAUCAUGUGCCGGCUCAAUCCUAACUCUUACUUUUUUUCGCUUUUCAUUUAACGUCGUCAACAUCUUCUACAAUAACAAUUCGAUUCAACUUACAUUUGGCGACUACGAUCCCUGCAUAUUACUUCUCUCAGGUACCGUCUUUGAUGUCUACCCUUUUUCCCUUAGCAAUACCAACAGGCAAAUCUACUUUCUCUACAACUGCUCGAUUGAAGGAAUUAAUCUUCGAGACUAUGAAAACCUUACUUGUUCUCGCUUUAAUUCUAUGGGCUUCUAUGGCGGGGAGUUCAUUCAAGAUCACACGAACUUGCCUGAUAGAAAUUGUAAUAAUUAUACUAUUAUGCCGGUGAUGAGCUACUCUAAUUUAAGUGCCAGCAGUGACUAUCAUCCCUUGUUACGCACCGGGUGGUUGUCGAAUUGGAUUGCUCCAGCUUGUGCAGCGUGCAACAAUAGUGGUGGCCGAUGUGGCUACGACAGUUCGAUGGCAAAGUUCAUUUGCAUUUGCCAUGAUGGAAUCGAUACAAGCAGAUGUGGUGGGAAGAAUUCAAGGUGGAAAUUAGCGGCAGGUCUUGCUGGAUCAGCUGGUUUCAUUGCUCUAGCAUGUGCUAUCAUCUUUCUCCUUUGCAAACUCCGAAAAAGCCAAAAUAAAUCUGCAUCCUCCAAGUCUCUCAGUAGAAAUUAUUCCCUGAAGGACACAUCAAUGAGUGAUCAUUUCCAAAUCCAUGUCUUCUCCUUUGAGGAGCUUUUGGAAGCUACUGAUUGCUUUCAUCCAUCGAGAGAACUUGGUGAUGGAGGCUUUGGCACCGUCUAUAAAGGUGAACUCCGAGAUGGUCGAACAGUUGCAAUCAAGCGCCUCUAUGGGAAAAACUACAAGAGGGUCGAGGUCUUCAUGAAUGAGGUGAAGAUUCUCUCCCAUCUUCGUCAUCAAAAUCUAGUCAGCCUAUAUGGCUGCACUUCACAACACAGUCAUGAGCUCCUCCUUGUCUAUGAAUUUAUACCAAAUGGUACCCUUGCCGAUCAUCUGCAUGGGAGCCGCGCUACUGAAAGGAUCCUCACAUGGUCUAUGCGUCUGAACAUAGCCAUUGAGAUAGCUGAUGCUCUUGCAUACUUACAUGCAGUUCCAAUCAUGCAUCGCGAUGUCAAAACUACAAACAUUCUACUAGACUGCAGUUUUCAUGUAAAAGUUGCAGAUUUCGGGCUUUCUCGCCUCUUUCCAACUGAUGCUACACAUGUAUCUACUGCUCCACAAGGCACACCGGGGUAUGUGGACCCAGAGUACCAUCGAUGUUUCCAACUCACUGAUAAGAGUGAUGUCUACAGCUUUGGGGUGGUGCUUGUUGAGCUUAUAUCCUCCAAGCCAGCCAUUGAUAUCGAAAGGGAAAGGAGUGAGAUUAAUUUAGCUAACAUGGCGAUCACCAAGAUUCAGAACCAUGAAAUGGUUAAAUUGGUUGACCCUGAGCUUUGGUACCAAUCUGAUGAGUUAACAAGGAGGAUGAUCACCAUGGUUGCAGAACUGGCAUUCAAGUGUUUGCAACCUGCUGGGGACAUGAGGCCAACCUUUAAGGAGGUUCUUCAGGUGCUAAAAGCGAUCAAGAGUGCGACCAGCAAGUCAGAAAAGAAAGACAUGGAUGCUGUUGUGACUCAAGAUGAUGCUUGUUUAGUACCGAACAUUGAGGUGUGCUCGCCUGAUACUGUUGCUGGCAAGUGGGUGAGUCAAGAUACAACACCUAACAAUAGCAUGUAAAACAAGCUUUAACAGAUGCAUCAUUUGAAAGUAUCAUCAGGUUAAUUGAAGAAAUGUAUAUAUAUCUGUAUGAUGUGGAUCUAAUUUAUACUUUAUGCACAUAUCAGAUAAAGUCUUUUACAUUGCUCCAAA